AUGAGUCGGGCCUCAGUGAAGAUCUGUAGGGACUGUCUUCCCGGCGCACUGCGCUCUUCCACGGGCGUCCGAAGUGCUGCACGGCCGCGGGGUGUUGUGCGCGAGCGCACCUAUGCCACCCAGCGAGGAUCGUCUCGGACCGUCCCAAACCGCUCGCAAAAUGAGAUUACUGCUGCGCGGGCCCUAGGCGCUCAACUACCGUUGCGCACGAGGGGGCGCUGUCUGGCUACCGCGAGCCAGGGCGCCGCUACCGCGGAGGGCCCGAAGGACUACGUCGCACCCACAGAAGGCCCGAUGAAGGAGUAUGAUACGCGCGUACAAGAGGGCCGGCUACGAGAUGACCCGUAUCAGCGAGGAAUUAUCCAAAAUCUCCAAGACCUCUUCGAAGCUCUCAAAACCUACGAUGCGCCCAAGGUCAUUCACCCUUCGGUCGAGUCUCUUGACCCGCAACCCAAGCAGUCUUUCUUCGGCUCGCUGUUCGGUAAUAAGAAAGAGAAGGCUGCGAAAUCGGCUAUCCCGGAGAACCUGCCAGAGGGUCUGUACAUGUAUGGAGAUGUGGGUUGUGGUAAGACUAUGCUUAUGGAUCUUUUCUUCGAUACGCUACCGCCGAAUAUCAAGAACAAGACCCGUAUUCAUUUCCACAAUUUCAUGCAGGAUGUACAUAAGCGCAUGCACGUUGUGAAGAUGAAGUAUGGCAAUGACUUUGAUGCGCUGCCCAUGGUUGCGGCGGAUAUUGCAGAGAUGGCGAAUGUGCUCUGUUUCGAUGAGUUCCAGUGUACGGAUGUUGCUGAUGCUAUGAUUCUGCGAAGACUCAUUGAAGUCCUCAUGUCUCACGGCGUCGUCAUCGUCACAACUUCCAACCGUCACCCAGACGACUUGUACAAGAACGGCAUUCAGCGCGAAUCGUUUAUCCCCUGCAUCAACCUCCUCAAAUCCGAACUGAAAGUCAUCAACCUCAACUCCCCGACCGAUUAUCGAAAGAUCCCCCGCCCCCCCGCAGCCGUCUACCACCACCCCCUGGACGCAGAUGCCGAACAACAUGCGAAGAAAUGGUUCGAUUUCCUCGGUGAUCCUAUUGAUGAUCCUCCCCAUCCAGCCACACAGGAAGUUUGGGGUCGCACGAUCCGGGUGCCUCGGGCCAGCGGCAAGGCUGCACAAUUUACCUUCAACGAGCUGAUCGGCACCGCUACUGGUGCAGCGGAUUAUCUUGAGCUGGUGCGCCACUAUGAUGCUUUUAUCGUGACAGAUGUCCCAGGCAUGAACCUGAACCAGCGUGACCUCGCCCGUCGGUUCAUUACUUUCAUUGACGCGGUUUAUGAGAGCAGGGCAAAGCUCGUCCUCACAACCGAAGUCCCCCUGACAAACCUCUUUCUCUCGGAGAAAGAUGUCAAGGAUGGCCUGAAGGUGCAGGCGCUGAAAAACACGUCUAUUUUCAGCGGUGACGAGGAGCGCUUUGCAUUUGCACGCGCUUUGUCGCGGCUUUCGGAGAUGGGAAGUCGGGAGUGGGUCGAGCGGGGCCUUGGAGUUGGAAAGACGCCCGAGGAGGGUAAGGAAGAGAGAGAGGCUUGGUUGAAAACCAGGAGUCAUUGGAGCGAGGAUAAUAUGUGA